AUGUCUCUAUGGGUACAACGAACAUCGACAGGUGGAGGAACUCUUGUUCAUUACUCGACACAAACAGAUGGUAAAGGAUGGUGUACUGUUCCAAUAGGAUUUUCCUCUGCUGGUAAUAUAAUCGCGACUGCUUGGGUACCAGACAACCAGGUAACAGGUCCUGUGCUAUCGAUCAACACGUGGACACAUAUUGCCACUACCUAUUCACAAAUGAAUGGGCUUACAUUAUAUGUUAAUGGAGUAUCUGUUGGUAGUACAGGUGCACAGAACAAUACUGCACCAAGUACAAUAGUUAUUCUGACAUUAGGCAACUCAUUAAAUGGUGAUGGAUGUAAUUCACAGUCAAUUACAACAGGCCCAUUUUCUGGCUAUUUAGAUGAGUUUCGUGUUUACUCACGAGAACUCAGUGCCAGAGGAGUCUCCGCAUUGACUAAAGAUAAAACCUGCUUUGAUGGACUUAUGAAUGGAGAUGAAACGGACAUCGAUUGUGGAGGCUCAUGUCUUACAUGCGAUGUGGGUAAAAAUUGUUCACUGGCAAAAGACUGUAAUAAUGGUGAGUGUAUCAACGGCAUUUGUAUAAGUGCAACAUGUAACGAUACCAUGAAGAACAAUGGAGAGACAGAUGUUGACUGUGGAGGUUUGAACUGUUCACCAUGUGGUACUGGGAAAGUAUGUUCUGAUGCUAGUGAUUGUAUCAGUAAAAGCUGUGCUUUUGGCACUUGUAAAAGUCCAACCUGUAGUGACGGAAUUAUGAAUGGAGAUGAAACUGACAUCGAUUGUGGAGGUUCAUGCCCAGUAUGUGGUGUAUACCAGAUGUGUAAAGUCGAUCUGGAUUGUAUCACUGGCUGUAAUAAUACUGCAUGCAUAAACGGCUAUUGCCAACGUAAGUAUUCUUGUAUAAAGUGA